GGGGGUGAGGCCGGUCAGAUCCCGAGGCUAAGACUUUACUUUCCACUUUCGGUUUCAGCUAUCUGUGCACAGAGCCGUUUCCCACGGGGACCGAGCCCGUUCACUCCAGUAAAGCGGGAGGGGGCCUCAGAAAUCCCGCCCCUCCGAGGGCCAGCCCUUGCCUGCUGGCCUCUUCAGCCGCUUUCCCGACCGCCCGGGCAGUUUCGUUUCCCGGCCGUGCGGCCGCCGCCCGCUCCUCCCGACCCGCGCUCGGCGGCGAUGCUGCGGCUCUGCGCUCCGGGCUUGCCGGGCCCGCACCCCCUCCGCCGCGCCCUGCCGUCCGCAGCCCCCGCCGUCCGCGACCGCCUGCGGGAGUGCACGGCGCGGAUCCCGGAGGCGGGAGCGCUACUCGACCUGCUGGAGAAAUGCCCUGAGCACCAGGAGAAGGGUGGCUUUCCCGUCGUGGUGUUCGAGGGGCUGGACGCCACAGGCAAAACCACUGUAACCCACUCUGUUAAGGACACCCUGAAUGGCUUUCUGCUGAGGUCGCCACCAGCUUGCAUCAGCCAGUGGAGGGCAAUAUUUGAUGAUGAGCCAGCACCCAUUAAAAGGGCAUUUUAUGCUGCGGGCAACUACAUUCUUGCUUCAGAAAUAGCAAAAGCAUCAACUCAGGCACCUGUGAUCGUAGACAGGUACUGGCACAGCACGGCUGCCUACACAAUUGCCACUGAAAUAAAUGGGAAAGUCCAGGAUCUUCCACCACCUCAUGAUGAGGUGUACCAGUGGCCUGAGGAUCUGCUUAAACCCAAUCUUGUUCUUCUCCUGACUGUUGACCCAGAGGAACGAGUCCGGAGACUUCAGCGCCGGGGGCUGGAGAAAACAAAGGAGGAAGUUGAACUGGAAGCUAACACCUUGUUUCGCCAAAGAGUUGAAGAGUCAUACAGAAGGAUGGUGAAUCCUGCAUGCCACGAGGUCGAUGCCAGCCCAUCCAAGGAAGAGGUUCUUAACACGGUGCUACAACUAAUUAAGAAACACUGUGCUUUGUGAAAGCAAGUUCUGCAUAAUAGCACUUGAAAGAUAACUUUUUAUUGCGCUUCAGAGAGACUCUUUAUUGCCCCUCUGGGUUUGGUACCUGAAAAUGCACUGAAAAAGAAAAUCUCUUUCUUACGUCAACAGUAAUCUGUACAGAUUAUCUGUUCUACCAUUGCUUACUGUUCUUUUCUGUAUAAGGCAAAAUAUUACUAACGUUAUUCAGCAUUCUUAGUAAAGCUACAAACAUACUACGGUUAUGUUACAAGUGCCUCAGAGUGCUCUCUGACAUUGUGACAUUUCAAGAUGCUGUCAAGUUGUAUCUUCAUCACCAGAAGAACCUGUUCCUGCAUCCAUUGUGUACCAGGAUUCACUGGACUGCAGCAGGAGCAUUAGGUGCCCAAAGAGAGGCUGAAAUGUCAUCCAGCAAUAAAACAAUUGUGGUUUGUGUCCCAGUGUUGUUUACUAGAAUAGAGGAUGAGCAGCCGUUGCUGUGAUGGGCAUCCUGUGAAAAAUGUGCCUUAAGUGAUGGCCAGUAAGCAUAUAGGCCUCUAAGUGAUAAAGUCCAAGCCUGUCAAUACAUGUAACUGAAAUACCAAUUCAUUUCAGAGGGAAACAGGGAAAUGCUGGCGUAUUACAAACAGGCCUGAGAAGAACCUGAAAUAAAAAAAAGGAAAAGAAAAAAGUUGCUGAAUUAUUUUCCUACAAAACAUUUUAGCUGUCCUAUUAAUAUUUGUUAAUGUCAAUUUGUGUUCUUUUGAGAGAAUGUGAAACGAAAAACCGCAGAGAAGCUGAGCAGUGGGAAUGAUUGUACCUUUUCACUUCACAUUUUCUUCCUUGGGUGGGUUUUUGUGCAUGUUGAAUGUGAAAGCAGGCUACCAUCAAGACUUCAGCUCUGCAAGGGCUUAUUUUUAUGUGCAUUAGUUUCACUAUUGUUGCUCCUAAGUAUAAAAUUAAACAUAUGGCUAAGCCUUUCUGGGGUCAGAAAUUAGCUGCAGAUCUGGAACGAACAUAACUAAAAUGUAAAUUUGAUUUAAAACACUAUUUUUACUUACUUUCCUGUGUUAAGCAAGUGCAAUUAUCAGUGAAUCGGUCCCAUAAAUAAGAAUGUAGUCAGUACUGCAGUUCCUAUAUCAAAUCUGUAGAUCCAAGGUGGUAGAAAGAAAAACUUCUAAAAAUACAUUUUAUUCAUGCACUGUUUAAUGUUUGUGAUUAUAUGCUAUUAAUAAAAUACAUUUAUACAUACUAGUAAUGUACGCUGUUGUAUUUGGUGUAUUAUUUGUAUAAUACUAUCUUUGGGAUUUGCCAUACAUGUAGACUGAAAAUACGUAGUUGGAGGUGCUCCACUUUUUUUAGAAAUUAA